UCCCGCAGCAAGUCAGCCUCCAGGCCGACGGGGGCGCUGUGAGCGUGCGGCAGUGAGGGAGAGGGGUCUGGGUUUGUAUGCUGAAGAUGGGGACACGCUCCAAGGUGCUGCGGGUUUUUAAAUCUCUUCAUCGAACCCGGAUGACUGUAUUUAAAGAAGAUGACAGGGCUUUGACUGCUGCCAGAUUAAAGAUAAAUGAAGAAUUUAAGAAAAAUAAGAAAGAAACAUCAGAAGAAAAUAUAAAAGAGAUGAUUAAGAUGGGCAGAGCAGUUGAGACAAUCCUGCGUGAGAAUGUUUUGCAGGCAGAGCAUGUUGGAGAUAGUAGACUCUUGCUGCGACCACGGAAUAACCUUCUUUUAGAAAACGUACCUUACUGUGAAACACCUAGGAAGAAAACUUGAGGCUGUGGAUUUACUGAUGUUCACCUGACAGAGGCUAGCAAAAAAGGGGAUGAAGAUCUUCAUAAAUAUUCUGAAUACAGAAAAAAAGAUGCCCUGCAUGGUGGGGACACUCUCUUGACUGUGAGGAGAAGGCAAUGUACAGCUGAUUUGUGACAUGAUGUAUUAAAACACUUACCAAUCUUUUGUCAUUUCAUGGCUAAUUUCAUAUUGUGAAUGUAUUGAUGUAUUUGUAUCUACGAGCUGUAAAAUGUGUGUAAUACAACUCUGUAAUUGUUGUACAUAUUUGUUACAAGUGUGCAGAUUAAAAUGAAUGAAAUCUU